AUGCCAGCGCCCCAGUCUCGCCCGAUCAAAAAACCCCGAAUCUCCCUGAGUUGCAUUGUAUGUCGCCGACGCAAGGUUGGCUGCGGCCGCGAACAGCCAGAAUGCGCCAACUGUGUGCGGAUGAAAGAGACCUGCGUCUACCGGGCCAUGACUCGGGACAAGUCCACCGGCCGUGUACGGCCAGCAUCCCCGUCGCCGCAGAACUGUCAUUACGGUGGAUCAGAUCCCCAUCACCAUCAGCAUCGUCUUUCUCAUUCUCAUCCCCAUCCCCAUUCCAAACCCCGGCCUGGCGUCUCCUGGACUCAGCGAGAUGGACGGGCGCCAUAUCCCGCCGAUCAAAAUCAGCAUCAGCAUCAGCCCUCGCCUUCGAGACCGGCCUCACACUCGAACCAGCUCUCCGAUCCCAGUCCCCACACCCCACAUUCGCUUCCCCAUCCCCAUCGACAGUCCGUGGGCCCGUCCUACCUGGCCGUGCCCUCAUGGGAAGAGGCCAUCCAGCUCCCCAAUGAGCCUGAUUCGAAUCCUCCCUGCGAGCGAGGUAGCACAGCAACGUCCCAGGGUCCUCUCGAGUCCCCAGAGUCAACCGCAUACCCCUUUAAAACCUCCACCGAUUCCAAUGAUCCCAGACCGACUCCCCUCUGUCGCGAUUAUCUCAGUCUACGUCGUGGGGGCCAUGUACGAUACGUCGGUCCAACGUUCUGGGGCGUCGUUGCAGGAAAGGAGAGUCUGAGCGAUGAUUUCUUUGAUGAAAAUCAUCAUGCACCCCCCGACCUACCUUUGCCUCAUAUCUCCUCCAUGGGCAUGUUCAAUCUCCUCCGCUCCUUACCCACAAAGCCUGUCAGUGACGCCCUGCUCGAGUCGUUCUUCGUUGCCGUGUGGCCACUGUCUCCCCUUCUUCACCCGCCUAUCCUCCAAGCAGAUUACGACCAGUUCUGGGACUGGUGUCGGAAUAGCGAUAACGCCUUGCCCUCGGAAAAGCUCCGUGAUGACCCGACCUUGAUCUGUCUUCUUUUUGCAGUCCUCUAUUGUGGCGCAUCCGCCGCGCCAGCGGCCAGCUGGACAAAUUCCAACCUCCAGGGUCUACAAAAGGAGACAACUGUAAGCCACCUUCAGCUGGCAUAUACGACGAGCCUUUCUUUGUGUCAGCAUCAAGAACAUCCGACUUUAAAUACUCUGAUUUCAAGUUUGCUGACUAGACCGUUUCUGGACCGCCCUUUGGACCCGAUGCGUAACUUGCUUCAUGUUAGCACCACGGUCCGCAUCGCCCAAAUGAUGGGAUUACAUCAGGAAAGGGCGUGGUAUAUGCUAAAUGCCGUGGACCGCGGAAUUCGACGUCGGGUUUGGUGGCACAUUGUCUGUCUCGAUGUGCAGUCGAGUAUCUCCACCGGGCUGAACCUCUGCUGUGGCACCGAGACCCUCGAGACUGUGAGAAUGGUGGACUCGGACAAUGAAGAAACCAGCGACCUCCCUGGUGAAAUUUCUCCACCUAACGACUCUGUGGCUGGUGGACAGUCAGUCGCGAUCAUAUACGCCACCGGGCGCUUUCAGAUGGCUCGCUUACAAGCAAGGAUCGUCGCGCACCUGCAAAGUCCCCAGGGUCCGACUGAAGAGGGAUUUGGAAAGCUUGUCACAGAUGCAAAGCAGCUUCUGCGGAAGUUGAACUCGCUUAUCGCUCUUGUUUCGACGCGAGGAGUCCCUGAAAGGGGCUACAUCUCAUCCCGACUAGCCAAUGCAUCUCCAUUCACCCAUCCGUCGUUGUACAAGGACGAUGCCAGUCAGCCGACUGUCUUUGCAGCAUGGACGCGCAUCAUGUUGACAUUGUUGAAGUUUGAACUCGCGAUCUUAUUGCGGAAACCAUUUUUGGUACCUCCUGACAGUGAGAAUCCAGAAUCACGCAAAUCAUGGACUAGCAUCGUACAGCUCUGCGUGAACUAUUUGCGUAUAUACCUGCAGCUCCACCAAACACCUGCGUUCGCGCCAUACGCAUGGCUCUGCUGCAGUCAUUAUGGGCCUUUUCAAUGUGUAUUCAUCACGCUAAUGUACCUCCAUUCAUUCCCAGACGCCGGGGAGAUCUUUCUGGCCCGAUAUCUCGUCGGCGAGGUUAUACAUCACUGCACGGCUCAUUACCAGUUUUCUGACCCCUUGUCAACUUCAACGAGGAACAACCCGGAAGAACUCGAGUCCAAUGGAGGCAAAUUGCGGAUGCCUUUGGCCAUCCAGGUUUUGGUAGAACUUCACGAUCGCCUCGACUCUUCUCGUGGACCGCAGGAACGACCCCUGUCGCUGCCAGAUACAAUUGAGUAUUCGUAUCGCUUUCCCGCGUCUCAUCUUGCCAAAAAGGCCACCUCCCACUUGCGCGCUACACCCAAUCAGACCUCUCCUGAGACAUCCUCCUCCGCCAAUCACACCAACCACAGUUGCGAAACUCCGCCCACUGUUACAAGACCUCCACCAGUGGUGGCUGCGGGCAGCAAACCAGGGCUGCCGGAUAGCGUCUUUGAAGCUGAAAGUGAUUCUGGCCGAGAUACGGACUUUCUUCCGACUAUCUCCGAUCUCGACGCCUGGUCGUCGAUGAUUAUUCUGGACUCUGAAGAUAUCCUGGCCAAUUCUGAUAACCUGAUGACUGAUCACGCAACCAUGCCAGGAUUGGGCAUGUCCAAUACGACGUGCGACCCGUCUGCUCUAUCUGAAGGUCUUACUUUCUCAACUUAA